GUUUCUUUGAGGAAAUGUAUAUAUCAAACAGACGUGAUGAAAUACGCAAUUAAAAUAAAAUAAAAUAUGAAUGAUAAAAAAAAGAUAAUUGUUUCCUAGCCGCUAAACCCCGCCCACUCUGUAAUCGUCCUGUCAUUCUCUUUGUCAUUCUUUCAGUUUAUUCGUUUUUUUUAAAGAAACUUAUAUAUUUAAAACAGUAAGACGUGAUGAAACACGCAAUUAAAAUAUAAAAAGAGUAAUAAUAAUAAUAUUAAUAAUAAUAAUAAAUAAUUAUUUGCCGAACGCUAAACCCCGCCCACUCUGUCAUCAUCCAGUCAUUCUCUUUGUCAUUCUAUUAGUUUAUUCGUUUGUUUGUUUGUUUGUUUUUUUAGGAAAUUGAUAUAUUUAAAACAGUUAGACGUGAUGAAAUACGCAAUUAAAAUAAAAAGAGUAAUAAUAAUAAUAAUAAGAGGUAAUUAUUUCCCGGCCGCUAAACCCCGCCCACUCUGUCAUCGUCCUGUCAUUCUCGCUCUCAUUCUGUCCGUUUACUCGGUUUCUGAGGCAAUUUGUGGGUUUUUAAACCGCUGGACGCCGCGAUCUAGUUAUUAAGGGUUUAUUUUCGAAGCACAUUCGGUCCUGGACGUUGUUAAUGUAUAAAGCCACGUGUUUUGAUUAGAGAUCAUGUCGUACUGCUCGUUCCAGGCGCAGCUCGUGUCCUUCAUGGAGCUCGUGGCCAAAGCGGCGGAAGCGGAAAUCAGCCGGCGCGUGGACGAGAGCUGCGCGGUCAUCAGACUGGAGCUGACCCGCAGCCGAAGGGACAUCGAUGCCCUCAAGAGGAAGUGCGUGCUUCUGGACGGCGAGCUGAGGAGGGUCAGAGGGCGGGGCAGGAGGAGAGUGUGGUUCAGGACUCAGAGAGACUCCGAUGUGUCUGCGAUCAGAGAUCAGGAGCAGAAUCCAGAUCAGAAUCCAGAUCAGUCUGUCUGUUCACCGGACGAGGGAACCGGGGUUUUAGUGAUUAAACAAGAGCGACAGGAACAAGAAUCCAGCAGCGCUGCUGCAGCGAAUCGUCCCUUCGAUCCCGAGCAGCAGAACAUCCAACAGAUCCAAGCUCAGGAGAACCAUAAACCACUGUUAGGAGGAGCUUCAGAGAUCCCAAACACACACUGCACACAUUCCCAGACGUCCACGGAGCGUCGGAGCGCACCGGGACUCCAGGUUAAAGCUGAGGAGGACGAUGAGGAGCCGAGAGGUCACCUGAGGUUCGCUCAGCUGUGGACAAACACAGAGCCGUCCAGAAACAUGUGUCUGGAUCCCGUGGAGACACAGAUGGAGCUUUACGAGCCUGAACGGAUCGGUGCAGAUGAUGGAGAGACGGGUGCAGGGGUGGAUUCGGGUCCAGCGUUGGCUCGCCGGCUCCGGACUCACUGGCGCUCGAGUGCAGACGUGGAGAAGCGCUUCAGCUGCUCGUACUGCGAGAAGAGCUUCAGUCGCUUCGGGCAGCUGAAGGAGCAUCUGCGCAGUCACACGGGCGAGAAGCCCUUCGCCUGCGCUCAGUGCGGACGCAGCUUCACCAAACACUGCAAUCUGAUCCGGCACGCCGUGGUGCACAGCGGAGAGAAGCCGUACCAGUGCGGUCAGUGCGGGAAACGCUUCACGCAGCGCUCCAGUCUGAAGUCUCACCAGAGGACGCACUCGAGCGCGAGGGGUCACAGCUGACAACAGCACAACACAGCAGCUCAUCCACUGUAAAACACACACAUGGGACUUCUGUUGUGCUGUUUUUAAAUGCACUUUCAAAUUGUUUGUUCAUAUUUUGAUUUCAGAUUGUAUCGAUUGAUGUGUUUGAUUUGUUAAUUUAUGAUUUGUCUGCAUGAUUGAAUAAAACAUUUGUUACAGUUUGGUAUCAUCUAGUAAACUGGAAAGAUAAAAAACAUUUUAAUAUGAAAAAAACUGAUGUGUUCAAUU